AGUGCUUUUUCACUAGAUGAACGGACACUAUGAUUGAUAUUGUACUGUAUAGCAAAAGUUUAAUGUGUAAUCGAAGCUAACUGACUUUAAAAAUUUGUAUCAACAGAAUUAUAUUCUUCUUUAGAUUGUGUUAGUAAUAAUAUUGUUGUAAUCAUAAUGGAUGUUAUAUUAUCCUUAAAAGAUAAGCAUGUAAAAGUUUCCAAUUCACAGAUUAAAGAUUUAUUACAAAAACAAAUAAAAUUUAUUGAUGAAGUGAAACAAAAACAAAAAGAUUGCAACGAAAAUGAAAUAAAGAUCCAGGAACUAACAAUAAAAGUAACCUCAAUGAAGGAAAAUCUUAAAUGUGAGCAACAGGCAUUGGAGUAUAAGAAUCAUGAUUUAUCUAAACAUUUAGACUAUAUAGCAAAGCUGAAGGCAGAAAAAAUAAAACUUUUAGAAGAAAAUCAGUUAUUAGAAUUACAGAGGAAUAAAUUAAAAAACUGUAAGCAAAAUUUGAAAGAUCAAAAAUUAUUAGAUCAGGGAAGAAGAAAAUAUACACUGUACAAAGAAUUAAGUGGAAUACGGUGGGAUUUUGAAACAUUUAAAGAAAAUGUUAGAGGUUAUGUGAAAAAUAAAGAAAAGUACAUUCAUCAUUUUUCUUAUAAAAAUGAAAAUGUACAAAAUUUAAAUAAGCUGUUAUGGCAAGAAAUAUAUCAAUCUACAAUUGAAGCAGAAAAUAAAGAACAUGAUAAAGAAAGUGUACAAAUAAAUGCUAUAUAAGUGUAGUUUACAUUUAUAUGAAUAUUGAACGCUUUGAAAAUUUUAAAAUAAAAAUAUUUUAAAGUAAAA